AGCCAGGCUGGGGUGAAACUCCGUCCACCACAUAGUAGAGCAAGGCAACUGAGUCAUGGCUAGUAUUCCUCCUCAGGCAAGGUCCAAACAGCUCCGAGCAUGCUUACUAUGUUCUAUCAUUCAACAUCCUAUGGAUUUUCGGAAGAACGGUUGUCCAAAUUGUGAAGAGCUCAUGCAGAUGAAAGGCUCUCCUGACCGCAUAAGUGUUUGCACUACCACCUACUUCGAUGGUAUCAUUGCUGUCAUUGACACUGAAGCUAGUUGGGUUGCACGAUGGCAAAGGACAUCAAAGUAUGUUCGGGGAAUGUAUGCUGUCCGCGUGAAAGGUCGUAUUCCAGAAGAUGUAGAAGCUGAACUUGAGUCCCGUGGCAUCAAGUACCGUCCAAGAGACCAGAGUGAUCAGGAUUAGCAUGUUCUUAUAUAGCAGAAUUAAUAGCUAGCAUAGAUCUUUGUUAUACGUCGCAUUGUUUACUCGCUAUGGCUCAUAGUUGCCGGAGCAGCGCCUGAGUCGGGAGCCCAAAUGUUUGAACAAGUAGUAGUUGCAGAGACUCGCUAGCGCUUACAUUCGAUCGCCGUUCAUGCAACUAUCUGAGUC